AUGUCUGGUCCAUCUGCCCUUCCUUAUCCAGCUCUGCACAAGGAUGCCAAAUUUGUGAUUCUCAGCGACUGGGAUGGUACUAUUACUAACUUUGAUUCUAAUGAUUAUUUGACGGAUAAUGUUGGGUUUGGAUAUGACAAGCGACGAGCGUCGAACAAGGAGGUGUUGCUUGGGAACAUCACUUUCCGCGACUCGUUCAGGGAGAUGCUUGAAAGUGUACAUAUGCCAUUCGACGAGUGCAAGGAACUCUUGAAAAAGAAUAUCAAGCUCGACACUGGCUUCAAAGAGUUCUUCGAGUGGUGCAAGACCAACAAUGUACCGUUUAUCAUCGUCUCUAGUGGGAUGGAACCUCUCAUUCGUGCGGUCCUGUCGAAUUUGAUAGGAGAUGAAGAUGCAGCUCGGAUCGAUAUCAUUUCCAACGACGUCCGUUUCGAUGCAGACGGAUCGUGGCACAUUGUUUAUCGCCACCCAGAAAGGAGCGGGGCUGAAAGUGGCGCGAUUGUAUGCAGUGGAUUUGGACACGACAAGUCGCAGGCGAUUUUGCCGUAUCGUGAUCUUCCACACCGGCCGACGUUGUUGUUCUUUGGAGACGGGGUCUCAGACAUGUCGGCAGCGAAACAUGCGGAUGUAUUAUUUGCAAAGAACGAUAAGCCGGAAGGCGAGAAUGAUCUAGCUGAGUAUUGUAAGAAGGAAGGGAUACCGCAUAUUUUAUUCAGGACCUUUGCGGGAGCUCUACCCAUCGUGAAGGAUGUGGUCGAGGGCCGCAAGAGCGUGGAGCAGGCGCUGGCUGUCAGGAACGCAGAGCAGCCGGCGGCGUGA